CAAUUACCCCAGCCGUGUGCCUACAUGUGUGUGUGUACCUUUUUUGCCUUAUCCGAACGAUGGCAAGUUUUGACUUGAACCCCCAACUACCUUGACUUUCCUAAUGAUUUCUCACCUUGUCACCACUCUUUGUUUUGGGUAUCCUGCGUUUGAUUCCAUUCCUACGAUUCGAGCCUGUUUUCAGCCUAUAGAAUUUCAGUCAUGAUACAAACAGGACUUCCAUCGAUUUAGAUUUCGUCAAUUCCACGCCCUGGCCCUGCGCGGCCCGCCGACCGUCGUGACUCCAGUCACUCGGCAUUUUAUCCCAGCUUCUCAGCGGUUAUUCUAUUGUCACAACUACAGUCUGGCCGCUUCAGCCCGCCAGCUGACGAAAUUAUUCCCGCGAUGGACACUGGCGCAAAAAGGUCGUCCUCCGACUGUCUGUCUUCUUCUCCGCUGUCAUCCUUGGCCUCGUCACAAGCCCCUUCCUCGCCUUUGACCGUUCUUUCGAACUCGCCUUCGCCACCGACGCCAUCUCCACCGAACCGCGACGCUUCCAGCCGCUAUCCCUCGCCGAGCACAUCCUCCGUGGCCAUUUCCUCAGGAAGCGCGUCGCCAAUGAAUGCCUCAGGCCCCACGCCGCCGUCUUCGGACCGGCCAGUGGAGGCGUCUGUCUGCACCGACGGACCUCCUCCUGCCAAAAGGCGUAAGGUGCAGCAGAAGCGGGAGCGCAAGACGGAAUAUCUCGAUCUCGACAAGACCGGCGACGAAGGCUAUCAGGAUGAGCUGCUCGCCCGUCUCACAAAGGUCUUGCGCAAGAAGAAGCGCAUCGUAAUCAUCGCAGGUGCCGGAAUCUCCGUGUCAGCAGGGAUUCCUGAUUUUCGAUCCCAGUCGGGCCUUUUCAAGUCCAAUGGGAAACAUCUUUUCGACGUGUCGGUUUACCACGACGACUCAUUAACAUCAGCGUUCCACAAGAUGGUUAGGGAGCUGGCUACGAAAUCACAGGCUGCGUCGCCGACGCCGUUUCACCACAUGAUGGCAUCUAUUGCGCAGGAAGGGCGAUUACUACGACUGUACACCCAAAAUAUCGACUGCCUGGACACCGGUAUGGAGCCAUUACGCACAUCAGUACCGCUCAAGGCCGCGCAGAAGCCAUGGCCUAAGACCAUUCAACUUCACGGCGGACUCGCAAAGAUGCAAUGUACAAAGUGCGGUGACGUCAAAGACCUCGAUCCCGAGUUAUUUGAUGGACCCAAACCUCCACUGUGCGCUGUUUGCGAAGAGGCGGACCAGAUUCGCGUGGCGUUUGCCAACAAACGAAGCCGGGGCAUCGGUAGAUUACGUCCGCGUAUGGUCCUUUACAACGAGGCUAGCCCCGAAUCUGAGGAGGUCGGGACUGUAUCUGCUGCUGAUCUGGCCAGGGUUCCGGAUGCUGUUAUUGUGGUGGGCACAACAUUGAAGAUUCCGGGCGUAAAGCGCCUGGUCACUGAAAUGUGCAGGGCCACGCGCAGCCGCCGUGACGGAUUCACCGCCUUCCUCAGUGUCGAGCCCCCACAGGGCGCUGAAUUUCAGGAAUGUUGGGAUAUUGUGGUUCGCGGGAAAUGUGACGAUGUUGCCGCAAUUGUAGGCUUGCCGCGGUACGAUGAGCCAGCACCAACGGAGACGGACUGGAAAGUUACCCAGGCUACAGAGGAAUCCAAGAAGACGCAAGCGAAGGUCUCGAGCGUCAACAUCCAGAAGCCCAAAGUCGUGUCUGCACCGGAGCCCGAAGCAAAGUCGAAAAAGCUGGGGCAGCUUGUCGACAAGGAGAACGGCAGCAUACCAACACCCAAUGCCAGCCCAACGCUCGAGGCGACUCAACCGAAUACAGGAACCCCUACUACGUUGUCUCUGUCAGAUGCCAAACAAACAAAGCUUCAGUUCGGUCAGCGCAAGAAGCUUCCAGGAGCUCCCACGACCAAGACCGUCAACAAACGCACCAGGCUUCCAGAUGCGCCACAGCCCUCUAAAACAACCAAGUCCAAAAUACCGGUCAAGAAGGCUGCAAAGAAGGACGCUACCAAGAAGGCCGUCAAGGCCCAACCAGUUCUUACCAAGGCAUUCAAAGCCACCAAGCCCAUUAUCACGGAGGGAAAGCAGAUACUGGUUAAGCAGGAACCCUCUCCCGUGCCUUCAUCUCCCGUCACUCCAGACGAGGAGUUAUUCCACAAGCUACCCAGUCUGCGUCCUGGGAAGCCCCUUGAAACUACAGUCAUUACAGAAACGGCGACACCAGACGACACGCGGCCCAGUAGUCGUAUGUCUGUCCAAGAUGUCGACGACUCUCCGCUACAUGACGGCUGUCAGGAGAUGCACACCAUUUCGCCAACGUCCAAGCCACGGUCUAUGGGGCAUUUGAUCGACUGAAAAGAAAAACGCACACGGCAAACAGUGUUUCCUACGGAGCUGAAUCGAGCGUACGGUACACUCCCGUUUAGUAGCGUUCUAGCUAUUUAUUUUGCGCGAACUAGACCCUAGUUGCGCUUCCCUAUAUGACACGUAGCGAGGUUAAUAUUGUUUUUUUUUUGGGCGCAAGGGUGUUUUCUCCAGGACUACGAGUUGCAUUACGGAGCCAAUUCUUUCUUUUAAUUCGGAUGGCGGUGUAGGGCGUACGGGGGGACAGUUGGGAUUCACUCUUCUGAUGUGGUAUAUUCUUUAUCUGGCAAAUGUAUAUACAUGAUACAUAACAAAACUGGCGUACCCUUUUUCCUCUUUUAGUGGGAAUAGAAAAAUCAUUUAUUUUCGUCGCACAAGAAGCAAUGUUCGUUCGGGU